AUGAUGAAACUGGAAUCGGAAAUCAAGUUUCAUUUGGGUGAAACUCAACAUGCAGUUAAUCCUAGCGAUGUUACACCUGAAACCACCCUGAAUAGUUACCUCAGAGACAAACUCCAACUUACAGCUACGAAAAAAAUGUGCCUAGAAGGCGGUUGUGGCACUUGCAUUGUAGCAGUAGAAGCACUAGAAGCAGAUGGCACUACAAAAGUCUUUGCAGUCAAUUCGUGUUUGGUCUCAAUUUUCUCCUGCCACGGCUGGAAAAUCUUAACCAACGAAGGCAUCGGGAAUCCGUUAAUCGGUUACCACGCCAUCCAGAAGCUUUUGGCCGACAAUAACGGCAGUCAGUGCGGAUUUUGUUCUUCUGGCAUGGUGAUGAGCAUGUAUGCUUUGCACGAGUCCGGACCGAAAACCCAACUUGAAAUUGAAGACUCUUUUGGAGGAAAUUUGUGCCGCUGCACCGGUUAUCGGCCAAUAUUAACUGCUUUCAAAAAACUUGCUUCAGAUUCUGAUGAUAUUGAAGAUGUUGGGUUGUGCUCUAAAGCAAAAUGCGAAAGUAAAUGUCGGCAAACUUGCAAAAAAGCUCCAGUAUAUUUCGAUUUGGAGCCUGCCAAAUGGAUGAAAGUUUAUAAAUUGGUGGACUUAUUGGAAAUUUUGAGAACAACUGGAAAUAGGAGCUACAUGCUUGUAGCAGGCAACACUGCAAGAGGUGUGUAUUUGCUCACUCCAAGUACCACUCCCGAACUUUACAUUGACGUCACAGCAGUAAAAGAGCUGAUUACUUAUACUGCACUGGAUAAUAGUUUGAUACUAGGCGCAAAUAUGAGUUUAAGUGACACAAUGAGCCUGUUUAGAAAAAUUGCCCGAAAGAACAGCAAAUUUCUUUAUUUGCAUAAAAUGGCUGAUCAUUUGGAUUUGGUUGCUCAUGUCCCAGUCAGAAAUAUUGGCACUGUUGCAGGCAAUUUGAUGAUCAAGCACCAUCACAACGAAUUUCCUUCGGAUGUCUUUUUGAUUCUAGAAACUGUAGCAGCUACCUUAGUAAUUGUUGAUGUUGACGAAAAUGAAACGAGAGUGUCUCCGCAAGAGUUUUUAAAAGUCGACAUGGACAAGAAAGUUCUUAAACAAAUAAUUUUACCCGGAUAUGGUCCUGAAUAUUCUUAUGGAAGUUAUAAGAUCAUGCCAAGAGCUCAAAACGCUCACGCAAUGGUCAACGCAGGAUUCCUAUUAAACAUCGAUAAUUUGGGCCGAAUAAAAUCAGCUCGAAUCGUUUACGGAGGCAUAAACCCGACAUUCGUGCACGCUUCCAACACUGAAGCCUUGUUAUUGAAAAACCCCUUGUUCAACGACAACGUAUUGCAGCAAAUUUUCCAAUCGUUGGACCAAGAGCUCAAGCCCGAUUGGGUUUUGCCAGAUCCCAGCCCGAGUUUCAGGAAACAAUUAGCAAUCAAUAUUUUCUACAAAUAUGUCUUAAGUAUUGCACCUCCACAAAAAAUAUCAGAAAGAAAUAAAAGCGGAGCCACUUUGUUAUCCAGACCAGUUUCUAGUGGAACUCAGCAAAUUUACAGCAAAAAGGAAUUGUAUCCACUAACACAGCCCAUAUUGAAAGUAGAAGCUCUGGCACAAACCUCAGGUCAAGCUGAAUAUAUACUAGACAUGCCAGACUUACCGCACCAAUUGCAUUGUGUCUUUGUUAAAGCUCAAGCUAUUCCAGGCUCAACUAUCACCAACAUAAAUCCUAUAAAAGCCUUAAAUUAUCCUGACGUUGUAGCAUUCUAUUCGGCUAAAGACAUUCCUGGAAUAAACAAUAUCGCUACAGCGAAACUAAGUAUGCCAGUAGAAGAAAAACUGUUUUGCGACAAUGUUGUGCAGCAUUAUUCUCAGCAAGUGGGUGUUAUAGUAGCUAAUAAUCUUGAAGCAGCUGAAGCUGCAGCUAAGCUAGUCGAAAUUACGACAACACCUCCAACUAAAAAGCCUCUAUUCACUGUUCAAGAUGUUUUAGCUGCAAAUGAAACGAGCAGAAUCACUCACCAGACUAGUUUUAAGCCUAAAUCUAAAGGCACCGAUAUUAAAACCGUGAUUAAAGGCAAAACUAACAUUCGUGGUCAGUACCAUUUUCACAUGGAGAAUCAAAACUGUAUGGUGAUACCAAGGGAAGAUGGGCUCGAUAUUUUUGCUGGUACUCAAUGGAUGAAUGGGAUACAAGGGGCUGUAUCGCAGAUUCUCAAUAUUCCUUCGCAAAAGAUUAGCAUGUUCGUGAGACGUUUAGGUGGUGCAUAUGGGGCCAAACUAACCAGAAACAUGUUCGCAGCGAGCGCAUGUGCUUUAGUUGCCUUCAAACUCAACAGACCAGUCAAAAUGUGGAUGAAUUUUUACGAUAACAUGGACAUUAUUGGCAAAAGAUACCCACUUUAUAAUGAAUAUGAAGUUGGAGUUAAUGCUAGUGGAGUUAUCCAGUAUCUUACUGCUAAUUUAUAUUCAGACUACGGUAUCGGUGGCAACGAACCAAUGUACCCUUUGCUGGUAAACCAAUUUCAAAACUGCUAUGUCGUGGAAACUUGGACUUUUGAUACUUACACAGUGGUUACUGACAAUGCUGCCCAAUGCUACACUAGGGCUCCAGGUACUUUGGAAGGCCUAACCGCAAUCGAAACUAUUAUGGACCACAUUGCAAACACUCUCAAACUGGAUCCGGUAGAUGUGAGAAGAGCUAACCUAGAUGGACCUGGUAAUCCCUUGCUGGUGGACUUUUUAGAUGACUUGAUUAAAUCUGACGAUAUUGUAAAGAGGAAAGCGGAUAUUGAACAAUAUAAUAAGGCUAACAAAUGGAAAAAGAAAGGAAUGUCAGUAAUUCCAAUGAAAUACGUUAUGGAAAUGGCCUCAAACUACACUACAGUUGUAUCCAUUUACAAUAUAGAUGGUGGUGUUGCUGUAAGUCAUGGUGGCAUUGAAAUGGGACAAGGAAUCAACACAAAAGUGGUUCAAGUUUGCGCCUACAAAUUUGGGAUUUCCAUGGAAAAAAUAUCAGUUAAACCGUCUUACAAUGUUGCUUCACCUAAUUCAAAUAUGUCCGGUGGGAGUUUGACGUCAGAAGCUGUUGUAUACUCUUUAUUACAAGCUUGCGAUGUACUACUAGAACGCAUCAAACCAAUAAGAGACCAAAAUCCAAAAGCAACUUGGGAGGAACUCAUACAACUUUGCUACGAGAAAAAUAUUUGUCUUAGUGCCAACGGAUUUUACUCUCAAGAUGCACCUGGUAUAGGAUCCUAUUUAAUUUACGGUGUAAUGGCUCUAGAAGUUGAAGUAGACAUUUUGACAGGCAAACACGAAAUCCUUCGUCUGGAUAUUUUGGAAGAUGUGGGCCAAAGUAUGAGCCCCUUGAUUGAUAUAGGGCAGGUAGAAGGGGCUGUCUUAAUGGGUAUAGGCUAUCAUUCCACAGAGGAACUAAUUUACAGUGCAGAAGGCCAACUUUUAAACGAUCGCACUUGGAAUUAUAAAGUACCAGGCGCCAAAGACAUCCCUCAAGAUUUUAGAGUGCGAUUUUCCAAUAAGAGUUUGAAUCCUUUGGGAGUGUUGAACUCAAAAGCUAUCGCAGAACCGCCUACCUGCCUGACUAUAGCCUUGCCUUUGGCACUUAGAGCUGCAGUUGCUUCGGCUAGAAAAGAAGCUGCACCGGAAAAUGCUUCUUGGUAUCCUAUAGAUGGGCCAUCAACUGUUGAACAUACUUUGCUGAGCAGCUUAAAUAAUUAUAAACAAUUUACUUUGUAG